AGUGUUUUUCUACAGGAAACAAAUCAGAGAAAGGGAGUGAAAAUAGGUUAUUACCAGCCGUGUUUCCUCACGGUUUUUCCCAGAACCCCGUCUGUCAAGACCCGGGGAUCCACGCUAAAAACUCUUUAUUUGUGUUUUUGGAGGUGUGAGGCUCUAGACACCGCACAGAAUGACCAUUGACUGGCCCGAUCUGCUUGUGCUUCGCGGGCAUUAGGAACUAUCACCACCUCCAUUGACUGGCGAAAGAAACAUCGCAGAUUUGCCUUCGAGGGGCUUUGGGGUGAAAAGGAGGAAAAUAAUGGCAUUGCUGACCAUCCGGAUGCUUAUGCUGGGGUUGUGGAUUGGGGUUCACGCUGCUGCUGUUGCUGCGGGAGCAGGACAGUCUACUCCGGCCACAUGCUCGCCUCUGUGCCGCUGUGAUCAGGACGGAGGAGCGGACUGCUCUGGACGAGGACUGACCACCGUCCCCGCCGGCCUCGGUGCUUUCACUUACUACCUGGACAUCAGUAUGAACAACAUCACUGAGCUGCCUGCAAAUGUCUUCAGAAACCUGCCGUAUCUGGAAGAACUACGGUUGGCUGGUAAUGACCUUGCUUUCAUCCACCCUGAGGCUCUGUCUGGCCUCCAUCAGCUUAAAGUCUUGAUGCUUCAGAAUAAUCAGUUGAAGACUGUUCCCGGUGCAGCCCUCAAGAAUCUCCAUGCCCUUCAGUCUUUGCGAUUGGAUGCUAACCACAUCACGUCAGUGCCUGAGGACGGUUUUGAGGGUCUGCAGCAGCUCAGGCAUCUCUGGCUGGAUGACAACAGCCUGACUGAGAUUCCUACCGGCCCCCUACAGCACCAGAGCAACCUGCAGGCUCUGACACUGGCCCUUAACCAGAUCACACAAAUCCCAGACAACGCCUUCGCCAAUCUCUCCAGCCUGGUUGUACUGCAUCUACACAACAAUCGGAUCCAGGAGAUUGGAAAGAACUGCUUUAAUGGACUGGACAACCUGGAGACAUUGGAUCUAAACUUCAACAAUUUGAAGACCUUCCCUGAGGCCAUUCAGACUCUGCCCAAGCUGAAAGAACUUGGAUUUCAUAGCAACAACAUUGCAUCCAUCCCUGAGAGUGCUUUCCAUAGGAAUUUACUGCUGCGCACGAUCCAUCUCUUUGACAACCCGCUCUCCUUCGUGGGAACUACUGCUUUCCAAAACCUGUCAGACCUGCACUCUAUAAUGCUGCGUGGUGCCAGUAUGAUGCAAGAUUUCCCUAGCCUGACAGGAACAGGAAAUCUGGAAAGCCUGACUUUAACAGGAACUAAAAUCCAAAGCAUACCAGCAGACCUAUGUGAGGAUUUGAUUGUGCUGCAUACACUGGAUCUGUCCUACAAUGAAAUCGAAGACCUGCCAUCCUUUCAGGACUGUGUUAGAUUGCAGGACAUAAGUCUACAGCAAAACCAAAUUCAGCAGAUAGACAGAAGUACUUUCCGGAGUAUGACCAGCCUUAGAGUGCUAGAUCUGAGCAGAAAUCGGAUCCAGUUCAUCCACAGAGAUGCCUUCCUUUCUCUCAGCGCUCUCACCAACCUGGAUCUGAGCCUGAACUCCCUAGCCAGCAUUCCCACUGAAGGACUGAGUGCACUGAACCAGCUCAAACUUAAUGGAAAUGUGGAACUGAGAAAUGGCCUGAUGGCUAAGAGUCUUUCUAAACUCAGGUCUAUAACAGUUCCCUAUGCUUACCAGUGUUGUGCUUUUGUGGCUUGUGACAGUGCAGUUAACCCAGCUGAGGAGGAUGAGAGGAGAAGUGCAUUUGGUGGUGAGGAGGACAUGGAAAGGAUUCCUCUGGUCAUGCACUGCUCACCCUCACCAGGAGCAUUUAAACCCUGUGAGCACUUGUUGGGCAGCUGGAUGAUCAGAUUGACCGUGUGGUUCAUCUGCCUGGUGGCUCUGCUGUUCAACUGCCUGGUACUUGCAGCCACCUUCUCCCCACACACCUCACCUCUCUCCCCGGCCCGCCUACUGGUGGUUCUACUGGCCUCCGCUAACCUGCUCACAGGGGUCUACGUGGCAGCACUGACACUCCUGGAUGCUGCCACCUGGGGCUCAUUUGCAGAGUACGGUGUGUGGUGGGAAACAGGCACCGGAUGUCAGUUGCUGGGCUUCCUUGCUGUGUUCUCCACCGAGUGGGCCGUGCUGCUGCUAGCCUUAGCUGCGGUUGAGCGUUGCUUGGCUGUGAGUGCUCUAAUGAGGAAAGCCGCCGCACUGAGGUCCAGUGGCGAAAGGAUUGAAGGACGAAGGAGGAUCGGUAUUACUGCAUUGCUGCUGGGAUUAGUAGCUGUUGCGGCAGCCUGCCUCAGUUUUUAUCAUGGAUCAGCUAUGGGCUCUCCUCUCUGCCUGCCCUUCUCUGGAGGUCCUGGACCAGGGCUGGGCUUCACAGUAGCACUGGUGCUGAUGAAUACACUAGCUUACCUGCUGAGUGCAGUGGUGUAUACGCAGUUGUACUGCAGGCUAGGUCGGGCACAGCUGGCUGAACCUGAGCAGGCUGGGUCUGUGCGCCAUAUCGCCUGGCUCAUCUUCACCAAUUGCAUCUUCUUCUGCCCAGUGGCUGCUUUCUCAUUUGCUCCCCUGCUGGCCGGGACCAGUAAUGCAGUGGGUGGACCGGAGAUGGCCAAAUCAGUCACGCUCAUAUUCUUUCCUCUUUCUGCCUGCUUGAACCCAGUGCUGUAUGUCUGCUUCAGUCCCUCCUUUCGAUAUGACUGGCUCCGCCUUGGGGGGCAGGGAAGGAGCAGAAGUUGCUGUGGGCAAGUUGGUAAAGUGGUUACCAAAGGGACGGUAGCAGGGGGCUCCGCGGUGUCUGAGGACAGCGAAGGCUUGUCCAGUGAGCUUGGUUACGACUGCGGAAUGUACACAAAGCUCCACUGCGACAACCGGGGAAUUUGUGAACACUGUGACGCCAUCCUUCACGUCAGGACAUCGUCCUCCCCCUCUUCCUCUUCUUCCUCAGUCUGUAGACAUUUAGUGAAGUCACACAGCUGUCCUGCCCUGAUGGCAAACACACCCCAGUGCCUGAGCUCAGAGAGGUACUGGGCUGACACGGGGACGCUUUCUGCACAGUCAGAAUUUGGAGAAGAGGGCGAUUCGAUUGUGUCGGACAGUUCAGAGCAGGUGCAAGCGUGCGGACGAGCCUGUUUCUGUCAGAGCCAUGGCCUUCCUUUGGUACAAUACUCUUACAACAUCUCCCACAUGUCAGACUGAGCUCACAACCCCAAACACUCACACACUCACUUCCUCACAGAGUCCUCCCGGGUGUGUAGUGUCCCUGCUCAGCAAGGUUUCUAUAUGUGGCUGCAGCCUUGGAGACGCAAACAGAAGGAAGCACUUUCUCUCUUUUCACACUUAAGUGUGUGUGUGCACAUUUAUGUGCAGGUGUGAGUGUAUGUGUGUGCAUGGAAUAUAAUAGUGUGAAUAUAGACUGAAUCCUCUAUCCAUUAAAAGGGAAUCUGGCAAUACAGAAAGACUCUCUGAGCCAAAAGUUGUCAGCAAACAACAACUCUUUGUUUUCUUUGUUUUUUGUCCCCCUUAGCCAAAUCCGACUGUGUUGCCAACCAGGGCUGAUUGAGAGUUGAUGGACACAGUGAUAUUAUCUCCCAGUGCCUGUGUUUCAUUUUUGUGGAGAAUAUUAAUUUUCUCUAUUAUUCUGGUGGGUUUUUUUCAUGGGGCAUUUAAAAAAAAAAAAAAAGGUUUUCCCUUUGUUCUUUUAACAUAUGUCCUUUUGAUUCUAAAGCAGGGAUAUAUGUGCCAUUUUACAUGUGAGAAAUGUUUGUUAGACUUGUGAUUUUUCUUUUUUUCAUGUUCAUCAUAAAGCCUGACAAUGGCAGAGGAUUCUGUUUUAUGUAGCAACAUUCCUCCUUAUACUGGAGUUCCAUUAUGCCAAUGAGAAUGUAAUGUAGAAACACCACACAUUUCUGUUCACAAUGUCUUGUAUUUUCUUGUAGUUAAUGAUAGCUGUUAGAUUUGAAAAACAUUAAUUCCUAUUAUUUAUUUUUCUGAGAGUAAUCCUAAAAUCACAGUCCUCCUUCAGCUGCCAUAGUAAGCCAGCCAUGCUAUGCCAAUAAUCUGCUAUCAAGUAUUAUGGAAAGAAAUCACAUUUAAUUUAUAUUUUACAAAGCCAAUGGAUGUCUUGACCAGAGCUCUUUCCUAAUCACUAGUACAUUUCUACUAAUUUAUUUUAAGACAUACUGCUUUGAUUGAAUGAAUGAAUGAAUGAAAUAAUGAAUGGCAAAUUCCACUUUUAUUUUGUAAUUAUUCCAGACCAGACAGACUAAAUAAUUUCAAUGUGUAUUUUGUACACUUGGUAGAGAAAAAAAAAUAAAGAAGCUUCUCAUUUCAGAUCAGGUCAAUCAUCUAGGGUCUGUUCAGAUAAUCUCUCUACUUGAAAGAUGAAAGACAAAGUCUGACGUUUAUCAUGCUUUGUACCAAGGUCUGCAAUGUUUUAAAGCUGCCCUUGUGAAAAGCCAAUUUCCUCUCAAAUGUACUCAAUCAGUAGCAUUCAUGUUUGAUCAGCUAUAUUUUAUUUUCAUUUUGAAGUUGCCACUAAGCUAUGUAAGGUGGGGUGGAGAAGAGGAAUGAAAGGGAUAGUUCACCCAUAAAUGACAAUUCUCAUCAAAUGACAAUUACUCACCCUCAUGCCAUCCCAGAUGUGUUUGACUUUAUUUCUUCUGCUAAACACAAACUAAGAUUUUUAGUAAAAUGUCUCCGCUCUGUAGGUACAUACAAUGCAAGUGAAUGGUGGCCAGAACUUUCAAUGUCCAAAAAGCACAUAAAGACAGCAUUCAUAAUCCAUAAGACACUAGUGGUUAAAUCAAUGUCUUCUGAAGAGAUAUGACAGGUGUGGGUCAGAAACUGAUACAUUUUUAAGUCCUUUUUAAAUCUCCACUUUCAUUUUUACAUCCACAUUCUUCUUUUAUUUUUUGCGCUUUGCAUUCUUUGUGUAUAUCGCCACCUACUGGACAAGAAGAGAAUUCAUAGGAAAAAAGGACUUAAAUAUUUAUCUUUUUUCUGACCCACACUUUUCAUAUCACUUCAGAAGACAUGGAUAUAACAACUGUUGUCAUAUGGAUUACUUUUAUGCUGAAUUUAUGUGUUUUUUUUUUUGGACCUUCACAAUUCACUUGCAUUGUAUGGACCUACAGAGCUGAAAUAUUCUUCUAAAAAUCUUUAUGUUCUGUAGAAGUAAGAAAGUCAUACACAUCUGGGCUGGCAUGAGGAUGAGUAAAUGAUGAGAGAAUCUUCAUUUUUUUGGUGAACCAUCCCUUUAAAGGUGCUGUAAGUGAUUUUUCAUGUUAAAUUAUGCAAAAAAUGUCCUACUCCCAGAAAAAUAUGAAUGAAAUUUGUGUAGUAAAAUAUCUCAACAGUCUCUGUGACGGCUGUAGACUUUGUAAACAGCAAACAAAAAUGUGUCCGCGGACCGCGGCUCAUUAAGGCUAUGAUUCAUAUUGUUUGUCAGUUGAGGGUGCUAUUGUACCACUGUUGAAUUUGACAGCCACAGGAACAAAAAAAUGCUGCUGUUUUGCCCUGUUUUGGUCACAAAAUGAUCAAUAGAGGGCAGGGUUUGGGAAUGAGGGGGUGCGGCCAUAAUAGCUUACAGCACCUUUAAGUAUGUUUUUGAGUUCAGAUAUAUAGAACAUUUGAUCAUCAUGAUUCCAUUGUACACCUUUGUCCAUGUAUGUUCAGGAAUAAUUCAAGGGUAAGGAAAUGUUAAAUGUCUGUUCAUUUGCCUUUGAUACAGAAUGUCAAUACCUUACUUUGGUCUUCUUUUAUGUUUCAAACUUGACAAGUUAAAGAAGUCUUGCUGGUCGUAGCUAUAAGAGCAGAUGCAAUUCCAAAUCAUUAUGUGUCUAUGCAUGUAUGUGUGCAAGUCUGUGUUUUUGUAUGGUUGGUUGUGUAUGCCUAUGUACUUGUGUGACAGUAAGAGAGCUAGUGUCACUAUGUUGUAAAUUAUUAUUUUAGGACUCAAUCUAAUCAAAAAAUGGGAUACAUCUAACCAUGGAAGCUACCUCUUAGUGGCUGCCAGUAGUGAGUAGUACAUGUGGCCACGUUUGAUUGCUUGCGCUGUAAAUACAUGUUGUACAUUCUUACUGAAUGAGUCGCACAUUAGUUUAUACUGGGAUAAGAUGACAUACUGUAUACAGAAAUGUUUGUAAACCAAACUAUGUAAACUGAUUUGCUUUAAAGGUGGGUGUGCUUGUCCUUGUUCUUUUUUAAACAGUUCCUGUCAAGUUUAGCCCUCUUUUGGUUGAUGAGUUGCAUGUGUUGUGUUAGGAGGCGAGCAUUACUAAUUGAUCGUUUUAAGGUUUUUACCUCAGCUGAUGAACAUUACCCUCAUAUCCUCAAUGUUUUGAUAUUUGCAAAUAUUUUUUAUAAUGCAUGGAGGAUCUCCUACCCUGCUAUUUCAAAUACUUGGCAGAAUUAGUAAUCUAAUUCAUUUUACAGUCAUAUUUAUGUGAGGAGAGUGUCUACAUAUGAAUGACGAUUAUUCAAUGUAAGACCAAACAUCUGCUCAGCCUAUUGGAAUUCUGUUCCCUAAAAAGAAAAUCAUCAGAUCUGUGGAAAACAGCGGUCUUUCUAUCAAACAUGAGGAGUAUAGAGUGUGUACAACCAUCAGACACUGCCAGUGGGAAAAGGGAGGGAUUCUUACUAAACGGUAGCCGAUUCUUCCCUUUUUUUCUACUUCUAAUUUCCCUCUUAUCAGACUCUUGAUGCUGAACUGGAGGGGAGGAAUAAGAAAAUGUGCAGCAGAUCCCCUGGAGCUCAUCUCAGAUUCGUAAAAACUUCUCAGCAUGAAUUCUUUCUAAGGUGGCCUUAAUUGCAUUCAUCACUUAAGCAGAAGCAUUUUCUGUAUUAUUCCGUAAUACAGCCUUGAUGGUUAACAAAAGAUAAACUGCAGUCCUUCUCAAAUUGAAUUGUAAACAUCAAACCUUCGUGAAAAAACUGAUAAGUGUAUAUGAAGUAUAUUGAUGGUAUUCUGAAGGCUGAUGUCACUAUAGCUGCUGUCUCCUGCAGACCUCACUGCUUGUGAAUUAAUAGCUUUGAAUGGUCAGAGGAGUGGGAAAGAGUAGCCCCUUAUUACCUUAUUGCUCCUGGUGAUAGACCAGGCUGAAUAAUAAUAUCACUAUCAGUACUAGAUAUACAGAUUGUGACCUGCAA